AUUGUAUAAGAACAUAUCUCCACCAUCCUGGUCGAAGCUUUCCGUAGAUGAUGGUCUUUGCUUUCGUUUAUCUGUUCCCAGGAUCCGAGAGGCAAUCGACACAUCCUGCCUCAGCCAUAGCAUGAGCGGCCCGUAUGUCCCACCAGGACAAUCUCCCCCAUUCCAAGUGGUAGAUGAUUUGCAUCAUGGAGCUUGGAUUAUCAUCACUGGAGCUCUGGGCCUAGUCGUAUCUCUUGUCAGCUUCUUCAUCAGACUGUAUGUGCGAAUUGCUCUCCAUCCGCCGUUUGCAUAUGAUGAUUAUCUUCUCCUCGGAGCGACGAUAGUAGCAAUUGUGCAGGCAGCGCUCCUAUUCGACGCGGUAUCACAUGGUUUCGGAACAUCCAUUCAUCUUCUGGAACAAAAUCAAGUGGACAAAAUCCAAACAGUGCGUUUAGGUUACCACCACUCCUUCUUCAGCCACAAGCUAUGCCAACAUCUCCCUAAUAAUACCCAGCUUAUCACAGUCAGCGACAUCCUCUACCUAAUAACCGUCUACAUCUCCAAAUGCUGCGUCUGCGGUAUCUACCUCCGUCUUACGCCCCAGAAAUGCCAUAACCGAGCCUCCCUAGCCACCCUCGCUCUAUGUACAGCAUGGGUCAUCCCAGCCGUUUUCAUCAUCGCGGUGAACUGCGAACUGAAUCGUCCAUGGAAAGGUUCCGGGGGCCAAUGUGUGAAUUUGUCCAAACGCUGGCAAUUCAUCGUCGCGUUGGACAUAGCGACAGAAUUGAUCAUAUUUGGAUUAGCCGUCUUCCUACUUUGGGGACUAUUCAUGCCUCUUAAGCGCAAGCUGACUAUAGGGUUUGCAUUCAUGUUUCGGCUUCCCUUGAUAAUCUUCUCCGUCUUCCACAUAUACACCAUCCUACUCCUUGUCCACUCCCCGGAUCCCACACUAGCCGUCGUCACACCCGUCAUCUGGGCGCAGGUUGAACUCAACUAUGCUCUCGUGGCGUGCAGUAUCUUCUGCCUGCGGCCGUUUAUGGCGGCCGUGAGCACCAACUACGGGACGGCGGGUGAUUCGAAUCUCGAGAGUACAAGUGGAGUGUCGCGGUCGUGGAAGGUUGAUUCGUCCAAAGCGGAGUCUGGGCGACAGACUAAUUUGAAUACUGAGAGGCGAUCGUGGAGGAUAUCGGGGAGAUUGGAUGGGGUAGGGUAUAGUGGGCGUCAGGCAGGUCCUGUGGCUGAACCUACUAGUAUUGAACUUGUUGAGAUGGAUGGGCAGCGCAGUGUUGAAAGUGAUGGUGGGAGUGCAAGGAUGAUGAUCCGGAAGGAUGUGGAAUAUACGGUUGAGUAUGAUAGGCGUCGCGAUUUGAGUAUGUCUGGUGCUUAUUGGAGGUAGUGCUAGGCUAUUCAAUCGAUGAUGAACUAAUGUUGUUUGUAAAUGUAUAUAUUGUAUAGUAUGGGCGCCUCUAUAUGACUAGCGCUCCGUUAAAUGAACUAUAGGAAAUAUCUAGAACUCCUUC